CAAAGCGCACAAACGACAAGCUCUUAACAACGGGAGAAAAAUCUCGACUUCGUCCUUGCCGAUUGACACUUCCCCUUAAAUACAACUUCGAUUUGGAUUUUGCCUUUGUGCAUUUCCUCUGCCAACUCUGCGGGAACGACCGGAAGAUGAUGGCGACGACUCUAUCCCCGGCAGCGUUUGCAAUCUCGGCCUCGUCCUCUUCGCCGUUAAAAGCGAAGCGACUUAAUAAUUCGGCUUCCUUUUACUCGCAAACCCCUUUCCGUUACAAUCCCCUUUCUGCACGUCCAUCGAUUCCCAGGAAGGCGACUUGGGUCCGAGCGACUGUUUUGCAAGAUCAAGAGGAGAAGGUGGUAGUGGAGGAGUCAUUCCCGGCGAAGACUUCUGCUGAUGAUGGGGGAAAAGGAGGUGGUAAUGAACCACCAGAAAGUUCAUCGCUGGAGAGCUGGGUUAUCAAAUUGGAACAAUCUGUGAAUAUCUUUCUCACGGAUUCUGUGGUUAAGAUACUUGAUACCUUGUACCAUGAUCGACAUUAUGCAAGGUUCUUCGUACUGGAAACUAUUGCAAGGGUUCCUUAUUUUGCCUUUAUAUCUGUUCUACACUUGUACGAGAGUAUUGGCUGGUGGAGAAAAGCAGAUUACUUGAAAGUGCAUUUUGCUGAGAGCUGGAAUGAGAUGCACCACUUGCUUAUCAUGGAAGAAUUGGGGGGAAAUGCUUGGUGGGUUGACCGGUUUCUUGCUCAGCAUAUUGCAGUUGCAUAUUAUUUCAUGACAGUGUUUAUGUAUGCAUUAAGCCCAAGAAUGGCAUAUCACUUUUCUGAAUGUGUAGAAAUUCAUGCAUUUGAAACAUACGACAAAUUUAUCAAGGCCCAAGGAGAUGAGCUGAAAAAAUCACCUGCACCUGAGGUUGCUGUAAAAUACUACACUGGAGGUGACUUAUACUUGUUUGAUGAAUUCCAAACAUCCAGGGUUCCCAAUACUCGAAGGCCUAAAAUAGAAAAUUUGUACGAUGUGUUCCUAAACAUUAGAGAUGAUGAAGCUGAACAUUGUAAGACGAUGAAGGCCUGUCAGACUCCUGGGAACCUUCGAUCCCCUCACUCGUAUGCAGAGGAUGCCUCUGAAGAUGACUCUGCCUGCGUCCCUCCUCAAACAGAUUGUGAAGGCAUUGGAGAUUCUAUAAAGGAAUCCGUCACAUCAACUCCAGUAGAGCAGAAUAUAUGAAAUAGAUACGCAUGGAAAACUAGCUAGAAUCCAAGAAUGGGGAAAGAAAUUGUAUACAAAAUCAAUAUAGAUGGCACAUAAAGUAUUUUCCCUUUUUGUUUACUUAUUAUUUUCCCUGUUUCAGACGGUAUUCAUUAAUAUCAAAACAAUGUCCUGAAUUUUGGAAUAGAA